AUGGCCGCGAAGCAGAAGGCUUUGCAGGCUCUCCAAAGCCUCGAGUUGGCCCAGAAAAAGGAGGAAGACGAGGCAGCUGCCAAGAAGGCAGCCCGUCAAAAGAAGAACGGGCGCGAAGCGGCUCCGGUUGCUGCAGCCGUCAGCAACGGAAAGAAUGGCAAGACUGAGGCCGUCCAAACCAUUGAGAAGCCCAAGGCAGAGAAAUCCACCAAGGAGGCCGACCCGCUGAAGAACGGCAAUGCGAAGGUAACCGCCGAAGUCAGCAAUGGCGCGAAUGGGAAAACAGAGGUGGCCACGGCGCCACCGGAGGAGCCGGCCAAGAUGGAGGAGAAGGAGCCGGCCAAGAUGGAGGACAAGGAAGCAGCCCAGGAGCCCACAGAGGUUCAAGAACCGGAGGCCACUGAGGAGGUGUCAAAGGAGGACCCAGAAGACAUGAAAGCGGCGGAGGAAGUGGUGGAGAAGAUGAUGGACCUGGAGAAGGAGCGGGAGGCUGCCGCUGCGCCAGCAGCACAGGAGACAGAGGCUGUUGAUGCUCCGCCGGCUCCAGCCAAGAAGCAGGCUUUCACGGACAUCUUGAGCGGCGUUGACUGGGACAGCAUUGACAAUUCGGCUGGCAACAGAGAUCCGGAUCCCUUUUCGGCGAUUGGAGAUAUCCAUGCGAAAGCGGCCGAGGUUGACAGAAAGAAGCAAGACAAGAAGAAAGAGAUUGGUGGAGCCACCAAAGAGCUGGAUAGAGAGGAGUACUUCAGAAGAAAAGGGAUCGACCCUCGGCUGGGAGGGACUGUGGAUACAGAGUUGGAAGACUGGGCAGAUGAUCCAAACUACUAUCCAGAGGAGGAGGAAGAGGAUGAAGAGCCGGUCAUGAUCAAGCGCAAACGAGGUGCUGAUGACCAGGUCGAUUGGAGCUUCUUGCAAAAAGGCGACGUCGAAGGUGAAGUGACAGUGGGCAUCCGCGAGGUCGCAAUUCGCCUUGGUGGUCGUCAGGUGCUUCAAGACGCGUCAUGGACGGUGAAAACGGGAGAGAAGUUGGCACUGGUCGGCGCUAACGGCUGUGGCAAGACAACACAGCUUCGGGUGCUGCUCAACCAGUUGACCCCGGAGAAAGGCGAGGUGGUGAAGAGCCCUUCGAAUGCAAAGGUGGCUAUCCUGGAGCAGAGCUUCGUCGACGAGAUGGACCCUGAGCGAACGCUUAAGGAGGAGUUGCUCUCUGCUUUGCCGGAGCAGAAGGCCAUCCUAGACGAGAAGGAGGAGGUCGAGAAGGCGCUGGAGGCGAAUCCAGAAGAUCCGCAGGAGCAGAUGCGGCUCGUCGACAGGCUUACGGAACUCACCACGAUGGAGGAGGAGUACGGGACCUACAAGUUGGACGACCAGCUUGCGACCAUCAAAAGUAUUGCCGGAUUCUUGGACGAGGAUCUGGAUCGAAAGGUUGGCCUCUUCAGUGGUGGCUGGAAGGUCCGCAUCGGUGUGAGCAAGCUCUUCAUGAGCAGCCCUGACAUUCUCCUCCUCGACGAGCCCACGAACCACUUGGAUUUGGAAGCGGUGGAGUGGAUUGAGAGUUUCAUCAAAUCCCUGCAAAAUCCAGUUGUCGUCGUGACGCACGACCGCGAGUUCAUGAACCGCACCUGCAACAGAGUGGUUGAGACAGUCGAGGGCAUGACGUACAGCUACGAAGGCAACUACACGGCGUUCAUCAAGCAAAAAGAGCAGAAGAUGAUCCUCUGGAAGAAGAAGUGGGAUCUGCAGGUAACGCCCUGCAGAUGGCUAGUGGUUGCAGGCCUAGGAGUGUAUGGCAUAGGCGCUGAGGAAAAGAAGAGGAAAGAGCUCCAGGACUUCAUCAAGCAGAACCGAGGCGUGCAAUCUCUGGCGAACACCCGCCAGAAAAGAAUGAAGGCCCGGCACCCAUGGAGCUCGGAGUUGGAGGAGCUGACUCAGUGGGGAGCCCAGUAUCUCCAGUACCCGAGGGUCAAGCGCAUCUCCUUCCGGCGCACGCCUCAGCCGGGCGACAAGAUCGGCAUUAUCGGCGGCAACGGCAAGGGCAAGCAUGCGACCAAGUCUAUGCUCAAGGCUUCUGUGCUACCUGCCUAG